AUGUUUUUAGCCAGCUCCCAGACUGAAGCAACUUUUGCUGUCACCUCACGGUUUUCGUUUCCCCAACUGCUCCUCUUAACAUGUUAUGUCGCUCUCCAGUCUUCCUUGCCAGCAAGACUUCGCGAUAAUCGGGAACUCCGUGACCUGUACUCUCGCAAUGAGGACGAGUGGUAUCCACGAAUCGGGGAAGAGGGAUUUUCUGAUAUGAAAACAAAGAUCUGGACCGCAACGAGCCUGGAAACUCGUAAAGAUUGGGAGUGGGUUCGUGAUUACCUAUUGCAGGAGAACCUAAUCUAUGGGGUGUCAGUGUCGCCCCAGGAUCUCCGAGAAUACUUGUGUGGACUCCUUCGCCAGAUCGAGCAAGUAUCCUCGGAAAGCGUUAUCGCACUGUUGACCCCAAGAACCGCCCCAACUCCGCCAUUAUCCAAUCUCAAGGAGCGGGCUAGCUUGGUGUUAGUCUGCCUGAGCCUUGGUGUGACGUUGACCCCAGGUGAUCCAACGCCACUGGGUUCAUUGCUUACCCACCCCAAUGACUAUCAACGUAUCGGGACCAUGAUUGCCCAAUUGCAACAGUCGCCCUUGUUCAUCGAUGACAUACAACCACAACAACUAUGGGCAUCGUUAAGCUCCUUGCACAUGAUUUUGGGCUACCAUGAGGAGGUCGUGGGCUGUAGGUCUGCAUUCGACCGCUCUUCCUACGAUUAUAUAUGGACCGUGGAAACCCAGGAACAUGAAAUUCAAACCUCGAAGUACACUUCCUUCAAGACAAAGCGUGCAUCUUCCUCGGUUCAACAUUAUCAAAAGAGGCAGAAACGAAACACUCAAUCCCCAGUGGACCCGGCGGCCAGGAGUCGAAAGCAGCUAUCUGGGGCUCAAGCGUCACCAUGA